CGCAAACGAGUCAGUCAGUCAAUAUGCAACUGAUAUUUGCUCAUUGCUCCACAAAAUUAAUCCAGACAAUAACUAUCCAACUCAAUACAAAAUUUGUGAAUUUACAAAAGGUCUCAAUCCACAAUAUGUCUUUUUCAUUAAUUUGCAUCAACCUGAAACAUUUGGAAAAGCUAUUUCUAUUGCUAUUGAAACAGAAACUGGAUUCAAAACCACUUAUAAUAAUUCAUUUACAUUGGCAACCUCAACCAUAUCAUACAAUUAUGAAUUACCAAUAUAA